AUGGUGGUGCCAGCUCGCUGCCCGGGCCCCUGUGCCAUGCUGGCGCUCAGCCUCCUAAUGGGUUACGGUGUGGUGUACUGCGUCGCCGGCCAGAAUGACACGGAACCCAUCGUACUGGAGGGGAAAUGCCUGGUGGUCUGCGACUCCAACCCUUCCGCGGACGGCGGGGUGACCUCUUCGCUCGGGAUAUCCGUCCGGUCCGCGGGCGCCAAGGUGGCUUUCUCUGCUGUGCGCGGAACGAAUCACGAGCCCUCCGACAUGAGCAACACGUCUAUGACCAUCUACUUUGACCAGGCUUUAGUGAACAUCGGUAACCAUUUCGAUCUCAAAGCGAGUGUCUUCCAGGCGCCAAGGAGGGGAAUAUACAGCUUCGGCUUUCAUGUGGUCAAAGUUUACAACAGACAAACCAUACAGGUCAACCUGAUGCAGAACGACUACCCGGUCAUAUCAGCUUUCGCCGGUGACCAGGACGUUACGCGGGAGGCCGCGAGCAACGGCGUUCUUCUGCAACUGGAGCGCGAGGACCGGGUGUAUCUGAAGCUGGAACGGGGAACACUCAUGGGCGGAUGGAAAUAUUCCACUUUCUCAGGCUUCCUAGUCUUUCCACUAUAA